UCGCUGCAGUCACCCUCACACAUACCGCGCCGGGGAGGAGAGAAAAAGGCCCCGCUCCGGCGGAGGGAUACAGCCCUACAUAUAUAGCGGGGCGGCGCAGGCUCACACCCCCAGCACUUCCCCGAGCCGCGCCGGGGAGGAGGUAGCAGCAGCAGCAGUCGCCGCCGCCGCUCGUGGUCGCGCAGUUCGUGCAGCCGCCGCCGGGCCCGCCGCCGCCGCGCCAUGGCUGAUCAGCUGACUGAAGAACAGAUUGCUGAAUUCAAGGAAGCCUUUUCCCUAUUUGACAAAGAUGGUGAUGGUACUAUCACAACAAAAGAACUGGGAACUGUCAUGAGGUCUUUGGGUCAAAAUCCAACAGAAGCAGAAUUGCAGGAUAUGAUCAACGAGGUAGAUGCUGAUGGCAAUGGCACUAUUGACUUCCCUGAAUUUUUAACCAUGAUGGCCAGAAAAAUGAAGGACACAGACAGCGAGGAAGAAAUCCGUGAGGCAUUCCGAGUCUUUGACAAGGAUGGCAAUGGCUAUAUCAGUGCAGCAGAACUACGUCACGUUAUGACAAACUUAGGAGAAAAGCUAACAGAUGAAGAAGUAGAUGAAAUGAUCAGAGAAGCAGACAUUGAUGGGGAUGGGCAAGUCAACUAUGAAGAAUUCGUACAGAUGAUGACUGCAAAGUGAAGAGACCUCCUUUACACCUUUUUUCCUCUAGAAGAAUCAAAUUGAAUCUUUUACUUACCUCUUGCAAAAAAAUGUUCAUUUAUUCAUUCUGUUUCUGUAUAGCAAAACUGAAUGUCAAAAUACCUUCUGUCCACAAACUGCAUGUAAUGGUUGGUGGUCCUGUCCCCAAAAGAUAAAGUUAAACAUCAGUUUUACAAUAUAAAUAAUUGUACUACCUUGAAAAUUAAAAAAAAAAAAAAAAAGGAAGCACUUAGUGAACUCAAAAGUUCCAUUUGCUAAUGACUAUUACACUGUUUGGGCUGGCCAGUUUUUCAUGCAUGCAGCUUGACAAUUGAGCACAGUCAGACAUUUGUAUUAAAAGGAAAAAAAAAAACCAACCUAAAGGAUCCACUUUUUUGUUCAACAGUGGAUUCUAGUUCAAUUUGUAGUAUAAAUUGUCAUAGCUGGUUUACUUUAAAAUUGGUUUAUACCUCAGGAUGGUAUGCAGCAAAAUGGUUGAAGGAUGCAAAACUUAGAGAAAAUGCCCUAAAGGUUGAAUGGUUUUCCUGUACGUAGCAGUGUGCUCCAAAAAUAUGAUGAUCUUAACUAUGGAUGGCAUGUCUGUGUUAAAAUACUGGUUUAACAUUGUCUGCAUUGCACUAUAGUGAAACGGGUGUCGGGCUGUUACCGUUCACAAAAUUUUUAAAAGAAACCUUCACCAAGGGAGCAUCUUUGGACUCUCAUAUUUUUAAAACCUUCUGUACCAUGACUUGGAGCUGGCGGAGUAGCCUGUGGACUUCAGCACAACUAUCAACAUCGCUGUUCAAGAUAUUACAAUUUAUGUCCAUUCCAAGUUGUAAAUGCUAGUCUUUUUUUCCAAUAAAAGACCAUUAACUUAAAGGUGGUGUUAAAUGCUUUGUAAAGCUAAAGUAUAUAUAUAAUUGAGAUAAUAAACCAAAAAAGCAGUAGGAGGGAAGUGUUUCUAUGAAUGACUUGCUGCUAAAUUAUAAUGCACAUGUAUGCAAUAAGUUAUCCCCUAUCUUUUCAAGAUGGCAAGAACUGACCUCCUGUAACCCAAGACCUUUGCUAUAAAUAAAUGAACUUGUGCUUGCCUUUCAUAUUACGACAAUGUUAAUUUAGUUGGUCUUAAAGUCGUGUAAUGCUGACUCGUCAACUAUCAGCACAGAAGUAACACCAUUUCACUAAAGUGGAGAGCUCUGACCAUGCAUGUCAAUACUGGGGAAACAUGUAUAGGUUGCUUAUGGUUUUUUUGACAGAUUAUAGAAACUAGUUGGAGAUUUUAAACAGCAUGAAUUUCAUAGAUACCUAUGAUUCUUAAAUAUGCCAAAAAUGCAUUUCUCUACCCACAGAAAGAAAACAAAAAGACAUUUCUUUUACAAUAUGUUUAAAAAAAAAAACAAACAAACAAACCCCAAACACUAAGCCUUUUUGGAAACUGGGGCUAUUAUAUCUUGACUAUCUUCUGAAACACUUGCAUGAAUUUUGUGGGGUGGAGAAGAGGACUAGGGUUAAUUUAAAAACCAUCUUGUUACUUCUGCUUUGCAUGCACUAGCAGUGCUUAGUCAUUCCAGGUCUCUGAGUUGGUGUUCUCUGAUCCUUCAGCUUCCCCAUGAAUGAGUGGCAAAGCAGCUAUGACCACUCUUCUUUGUUUGAAAGAAGAAUGCUUUUUUUUUUUUUUUUUUUUUUUAAUAGCAGAGCCUCCAUGUGGAAGGCUUUUAUGCUUGGGAGGGAGGGACUACAGCUUAAUUACUUGACUGUAAGUUUGUUUCCAAACGUAACUGGAGUUGCAAACCUUAAUUGCUUAAUUGCCUUUGGUUUUGGAGAGUAUUGAUACUAUCUCUUGAAAGGGAUGCAAGUCUCCAUUCAUCCUGUCUAACUGAGGUGCCUGUGUUAAGAACUUGGUUGCUUGAAAUGCAGCUUUGCUCAGUGGGGGUCAAGAGACACCUCUGGAAGGCAAUUGAGACUAUCUGCCUUCAGUGAUUUUUUUUUUUUUUUUUUUUUUAAAUUUUUUCCUAGGGGGGUGGGGGGAGUUCUGGGUGACUAGGGACCCAGACACCUUAACCAAGUGCCUAAAAGUUAGAUGGGCUGAAUGUAGGCAAUUGUUUAGAUCUCUAGUUGUUGCAAAGGCUUUUUGCUAUGGCUGUGUAUGCUGUCCUAGCAAACUGGCCAUGAUGAUGGGAAUGUCUGACUACCAUUUGAAAGUAGUGUCUUGCAUGGCAGCUGCAAACUGCUACUUUGGUAGUGCUUGAGAAUGGCUGCACUGAUUCUGUAGACCAGCUUUUAAAGAGAAUGUACUCAAGAGACAGGCAAGGUAGGAGCAAUGGUUGCUGCUCUGAACUAAUUACUUCUUCUGCCUGAGUGUGCAGAGAGAUCUUGUCUAGUAGGUAAAUGCUUCUUACCAUCUAUCUGUCAUUCACUCACGGUUGGUAGGGUAGUUCAUUUAAGAACAGCUGCUUUUAGUUUAUUCAGUGUGCUCUGUGCUUGCUAGCAAAGAGACCUCAUUCCUGCAAGAGGUUCUUGGCUUGAUUAGAAAUUGUCUGGCAGUGUGCAGUGUUGGUAUGCCCUGUAACUGAAUCUGCCUGGAGGUAUCUAAUUAUUAACUGACUUCAGUACCACAUCAACCUUGAGUAAAUGUAUCCUCUGUACAGGACUUUAGCUCUGUUCCCUUCUGCAUAGUGAAUAUCUAGAGAAAUGAAAUAGUGUCAUCAAGGAUUUUUUUUUUUUUUUUUUUUUUUUAAAUUUUUUUUUUUUUCUGUGAGUGUGUGUGUGUGUGGCUUUGGCUUUUUCCAAAUGUGAAAGUGUGGGCUGGAUACACUUGGUGCAUGGCUUAGAAACAUGGGACUGGAGAGAACUUCCUGGGUCAUCAGAUCCAGUCCCCUGCUAUUGCAGGCAACCGUGUCAUAUAAUCCUUUUAAUAAACUGAUCAAGCUUAA